CAGUUCAAACAGUAGAGGCCGCACGCCACCGUUUGCAUGGCAUCCAAAACAGAUCGAAGCUCGCCGAAUAUUUGGAUCAGCGGAUUCAAUCCGUUUAAUUUAGACGGCAGUGGUGCAUUGACAGAAAUCAACCUCAACGACACUUUAAAACCGAAACCAUCGUUAUCAGUUAUCAAACCAUGUCAAAUCGAAAUAACAUCCACUCACGCGCUGGUUGCCUCCGGCUGCAAUCUAUACUCGCACUCGGCCAUCACCGGAUGCCAAAAUGAAACCUCCUUUACCAGUGCCAUAGUGCAACUAUCGGCCAGUACCUGGCACUGUCUGGUGCUGUUGGAAAACGGUGACCUAUUCAAGUACGACAUCAACGAGCACCGAUCCAGCCGGUUGGAUUUUCUUACGGUGGAAAACGCCCCCGAACUAACCGACCGAGAACGAAUUACACAUAUCGCCUGUGGAGAUCGUGUCUCGGUUGCCAUAACCAGCGGUAGAACCGUGUUCAACAUUCCCAACAAAACGUUUACCUUUCCGCGGCAUGUUCGGAUCGUCAAGCUAGCAGUCGGACUGGAACACUGUCUGCUGCUGACCGGGAACGGGGAUGUCUACAGCUGGGGAGGUGGAUUACGCGGCCAGCUGGGAAAUGGUGAAAUAACACCACAUCAGGAGCAACCACAGCUGAUCGCAGCGCUGGCUGGGGUAAAAAUUGUGGACAUCGCGGCGGGUGGAUGGCAUUCUGGUGCCGUUUCUGCGUUCGGAGAUUUAUACUGCUGGGGCUGGAACAGUAAGGGUCAGCUGGGACAUGCGGAUGGUCGGCAGUUGAAGGGCCGGGUUUUUUCGCUGCCUCAGUUGGUUGCGUUUCCCUCCGGUGAUGGCGAAGAGGAACUUUGUCUGGAGAGAGUUUACUGUGGGAUGGGGCAUACCGUUGUGGUUGAUUCGAAGGGAGUGAUUUAUUUUGCUGGAAACGACCUAGAUGCCCGGUUGGAUUAUACGAAGGUGCAAAGGAAUCCAAGUCUGACGGGUUUUCGACGGUUUGAAACUGGUUUGGAUGGGGACGUAAAACUCAAUUUGAAGUGUGGGGCGAACUCGAUAAUUAUCACGAGAGAAUGAUGAAUUACGCCCUCGGUGGGCUCUGUUUCGUUUGCGCUAGCGACAAGAAGAUGGCAUUGAUGUACGGAAACGUUGCCAGUUUAUGUAAAGUGGUGGUUUCGGACAUGAAGUUUUUAAAUGAUUUAAAAUCAAA